CCACUCUCUUUCGUUUGUAUCUUCUGUUUCGUUUCAAGUUACAAUAAGAACUUAUUCUGUUAAUUAUGCUUCUAGACUUGAAACAAGCUAUUAAUGUCUUUAAAAAUCUUUCUAACCGGCCGGUUCCGACUCUUGCUCGAUUUCUCGAUACUUCCCCAAUAACCAUUGCUUCCAAAUGGAAUAUUCUAGAUGUUGAACAUACUAAAAAAGUACAUUUUGAACAAACGUUCUUCAGUACUCAAGAAAAUAGCUUUAUAAGUUCACCGCCAACGGAAGUUGACUAUACUUCACGCGUUUAUUCUCCAUCAAGUAAACAAAGCGCGCUCUUAUUAAACAAAAAAGUUUCUGGCGAAGAUGAGCAAAGCUUCGAAAUUUGGAAUGAAAUUGGACUAAAAAAAGUCUAUAAUGUAAAGAAAUUUGAUCACGGUAAAGUUCAUCCACCUUCAGCCUAUAUUGGUAGUAUAAGAUUCUCUCCUGAUGGGAAACAUAUCUUAUACAUUGCUGAGAAAAAGCAAAAAGAAGAAAAAAAUCCAUAUGUUGAUAAUGAAGAUGAUAAAAGCAGAAAAAACUUCGAAUUUCAGGAAUCAUUCGGAGAACAAAUGGGUUCUUUUAAGCAAACAGUUUUGUGUAUCUUAAAUAUAGAGACUGGGGAAUGCAAAAUUGUUGAUGUUCUUCCAUCAGCAGUCACAAUAGGAAUAGCAGAGUGGAAUUUAGAUAAUAAAAGUGUAAUUUGUAUUGCAUGGAAAACCCUACCUUAUAAAUUAGGUUUGAUAUAUUGCCCUAUGAGAUGCAAUUGCGUUUAUUCUAUAAAUCUUGAUGAAAAUCGAGCCGAUCUGUUGUUUGAAGAUGAAAAUUUGUGCACGCUUUUUCCCAGAAUCACUAAAGAAAAGAUUUAUUGUCUCCAAUCUAAAACUGGAGGCGAACACUGCCGUACGGCCCGCCUAGCUGAGAUUGAUAUCAAGUCAAAAAGUUUAAGAGUUAUUGUUGAUGUUGUUGAUCAACCACAUAACAACGGCUUUCCCGGUCUUUCUCCCUAUGUCGUUCCUCCUUCAAGAUGUUUCUCAAAAAAUGGCGAUCAGUUACAUUUAUCAUCACUUUGGGGUUGUGAUGAAGCUCUUUUAUCAAUUAAUUUACAAACACGCUCGGUUAAGCGAAUCCCAGCCCCGGAAGGCUUCUCUUCUGUCAGCGUUCUCGAUGUACGGGAUGACGUCUUACUAUGUAUUUGUUCAGCUAUGAAUCAAAUCCCGGUUUUGGGAAUUUGUAGAGUAGAAGAUAAUGAAUGGUCACUGAUAAAUCCUCCUAAACCCCUAAAUUUUACUGUAGAGCGUAAAACAUUUAAAGCUAAAUUCGAAGGAAAAAGUUUUGCUCCUAAAGAAUUUAACGGCUUACUCGUAAAGCCAGAAAAUUUUGACUCGAAAAGUACUCCCUUAAUUCUUUCCAAUCAUGGAGGUCCUCAUAGUUGCUUCACUACCGCGUACAGAGAAGUUACGGCGGCCUUGGCUAUUUCGGGAUUUGGUGUGCUAGAAGUUAAUUAUCGGGGAUCUCUGGGUCAAGGAGAGAAUUCUAUUCGUAGUUUGCCUGGUUUAUGCGGAAAACAGGACGUUCUUGACAUUAAACAGGCUUUGGAUGAAGUCUUGAAGGAAGACGGUUUCAAUAAAGAAAAGCUGUUGGUAAUGGGUGGAUCUCAUGGAGGCUUCUUAACAGUUCACUUAAUAGGCCAAUUUCCUGAUUUGUUUAAAGCAGCCAUUUGCCGUAAUCCAGUUAUAAACAUCGCCACUAUGGUUCAUUCAUCUGACAUUCCUGAUUGGACCUUUAUCGAAACGGGAUACGAAAGAUUUGAUUUUAAAAAUUUAGGAGAUCCAGAAGUUUAUAAAAAAAUGUUUGAGUGUUCUCCGAUUAAGUACGUCGAUAAUAUUCGAACGCCUCUGUUAAUCGCAUUAGGAGAGAAGGAUAGACGCGUUCCCUGGCGACAAGGUCAUGAGCUGCGAAGAUCUUUAUUGGCCAGAGGCGCUUGCGUCAAAACUCUUGUUUACCCUGAUGACUGUCAUCCUUUAGACUCUGCUGACGCUCAAUGUGAUAGUUUUGUACAAUUUUACGAUUGGUUUUAUCAGCAUUUACAAUCGUAA